AUGUGGACUCUCUUGUUUCUUUGCAGUGUGCUCACCACACUCGGCGUGCAAGGGUACUGCCACUACAGCACUUAUGCACCCACCACAGCUCAGCCCUCGUGUCGUUACAACUGCGGCAGACACAUGGGAAGCUGCUCCUGCUCAAGCUCUUGUCGAUACAAUGGCAACUGUUGUCAUGACUACUACUCAAAGCCAUGUGGAGGCUUGCUGUUUGGCUCUGGCACCUUCUCCAGCCCUAACCACCCCAACCACUACCAAGACUACACCUACUGCAUCUGGCAGCUCAAAGCUUCUCAUAGCCAAAGAGUCUUCCUCACAUUCAACUACAUGGAACUGGACAGCUGCUGCUCCUGUGACUACAUCAAAGUCUACGACGGUUCUUCUAUUCAUUCGAGAUUUUUGGGGAGAGUUUGCAACAGCAGUCAAGCCUCGUUCUACUCCUCCUCCCAGUACAUGACCGUGCUCUUCCGCACUGAUGGCUCCUUGGUUGGUCGAGGGUUCAGUGCUGAGUUCAUGAGCACUCUGCACCGAAGCUCAGGUCGAGUGGAGUGCUCCUCAGACAAGAUGAACAUUGUGAUCAACAGGAAUUACUUGGCCUCUGUGGGCUAUGAAGGCCACGAUCUGUACCUGAAUGAGCCCAGCUGCAGACCGUAUUACAAUUCCAGAAACGAGGUGGUCUUCAGUUACCCCAUCAACAGCUGUGGCAGCGUUAAAACGAUCAAUAGCAAUGGCACAGUUAUUUACGCCAACAACGUCCGUGCCUACAACUCCUCCACUUCCGACCAAGAGAUCACACGCCAGAGUCACUUCGAGCUCAGCGUCAACUGUCGAAUGGAGAAGGACUCGGUGUCCCAGAAUAUGUAUAUUGUCCAUAAUCCUGGCAACAGCAGCAUUAUAGGCACAGGCAGAUUCAACACCACCAUGUAUUUCUACACAUCCAGCAGCUUCUACUACACGGUCACUGAAAAUCCUUAUCAGGUGUCACUCAACCAGUACUUGUAUGUUGGAGUGGUACUAUGGGGGAAUGACAACAGCAUGGUGGUCUUUCUGGACACCUGCGUGACCUCACCAUCUCCUGAUGAUUUCCACAGCAGGUCUUACUACUUGGUCCGUGAUGGAUGUCGUGCAGAUAGCACCUACUAUUCCUACAGUAGUGGCACUCGCCCCUACGCCCGUUUUAGAUUUAAAGCCUUCCAGUUCAUGCAUGCCACACCGUCGGUAUACAUCCAGUGCAAGGUCCAGGUAUGCCCAGCCUCUGACACCAGCUCACGCUGCCGCCGUACCUGCAAUAGACGUACAGCCAGAGACCUGGGGUCAGACCAUGACAGCCAAACUCUGGUUCUGGGUCCUAUUCAGCUCAAAGACACUGAGAAAAAGGAAGAAGGGAGUGACGAGCAGAACAAGGCUUAA